AAAAAUGGCGGCACUCCUGCAACAGGAGUUGGAGGCUUCCGAACUAGCCAAGCUACCAAAAACAAUUCAAAGUAAACUCGAGAAAAUAGUUUCUGAUCUGCGGUAUGAAAUCGAUUCAUUAAAAGCCCAACACGAGCAAUUCCGGGUUGACAGCGAGCAACAGUUCUUCGAAAAAGUUAAACAGCUUUCCCAAUGUCAAGAAGACUUCCUGUCUCACACUCAAGAACAUCUUAAACUCAAAGAUGAGUUUAACAGACUUGGAGAGGAACUCCAAAGUGUUCGCGAGAAGAACCGAGAAUAUGAAUCUGCACAACAGAGGUUGUCAUCAGAGCAGACUGUGCUGUCCAAAGCCAAAGAUGAAUUGGAGGCAGAAAAGCGAGAACUUGUGCGAACACUGGAAAGGAGAUCCUUAGAAGUGGAGAACUUAAAUGAUGACCUGAGGCAACUCAAUGAUAAGUUGGUGGAAGUGAACUCGUCAAAGAUGACCCUGCAGAUGAAGUUGGAUGAUCUCGAAGCAGCUGAAGUCAACAUCAAAUAUAAGGAGAAGCGAAUGGAACAAGAGAAAGAGCUGCUGAACAGUCAGACAGCUUGGCUUAACGAGGAGCUGAAGGCCAAGAGUGAGGACCUGCUGUCCCUGUCCCGGCAGAAGGGUAACGAGAUCCUGGAGCUGAAGUGUUCCCUGGAGAAUAAAGAAGAUGAGAUGAAAAAACUCCAAGAUCAAGUGACCAGUCUGAAGACAUCAAACGAGAACCUUCAGAAACAAAAUGAGGAGAUGAUCAGCAAACUCAAAGAAGCCAAGGAGCAACACACCAGCAUGGAGGAGAAGUUACGAAAUGAGCUCAAUACCAACAUUAAGCUUUGCAAUUUACACAAGGGAGCAGCUGCAGAUUCUGAGGCCAAAAGCAAAGAGCUGAGUCAGGCGGUGGAGGAGCUGCACAAGCUGCUGAAAGAUGCCGGUGAAGUCAACAAGACUCUCAAGGAUAAGUUGCAGGAAAUGAAUGGCGUCACAGACAAAACUGUCGGUGAGCUAAAGGACAGGAUUCAGGGCCUUGAGAAGGAGCUGGACAAUGCCAAUGAACUGCUGUCAAGUUCCAAACUUAGAGGCCCUGUUGCCUCAACAUCCAUUCUGACAGAACAGCAAAUGACAACAAUGUCUCCAACAGCCGCUGCUAUAUCCAAGAUAAAACCUGGUAUGAAGCUGACUGAGUUGUAUACAGCAUACGUGGAGAGCCAGGAGCAGCUGCAGUUGGAGCGGUUGGAGAACAAGCGAGUCAACAAGUAUCUGGACGACAUUGUGCAGGAAGUGGAAGCGAAAGCCCCCAUCCUGAAAAGGCAGAGGGAUGAGCAUGAGCGCAUGCAGAAAUCAGUGGCCAGCCUUUCUGCCAAGCUGGAGCAGGCUGUUAAGGAGGUUCACCGCCUGCAGAGCGAGGCCGACGAGGCCAACAAGCGCUCCUCGGUCCUGGAGAGAGACAAUCAGAGAUUUGAGCUUCAGCUCGCUGACAUGGCUCAGCAGGUUCGCGUGCUGCUGAUUGAGCUCGAAGAAGCUCGUGGGAACCACGUGAUUCACGAGGAGGUGGUGAGCUCAGCUGAUGUCAGCAGCACGUCAGAGGUGAUCAGCCAACACUUGGUGACUUUCCGUAGUGUGGAGGAGCUUCAGAAGCAGAACCAGCGUCUUCUUGCGGCCCUCAGAGAUCUCAGUGAAGCCCAGGAGAAGGAGGAGUUUGAGGCUACCGGCAAUAAGCACGGGGAGCUGGAGCAGAGUUUGGGGAAGGCCCAGGCUGAGCUGGAGUCUUUGAGAGAGCAACGCAGCCAGCAGAUAAAGAUGACCGAGUCCAUUGUGAGGCAGAGGGACAUGUACCGAGUCUUACUGGCUCAGGCGACCGGAGUCAACUUCCCACAACAAGGUACACCAACUGAAGAAUUCUCCCUGACGUCUACCCCACGUCGUUCCCCCGCGGCCACUCCCACCGCAGGAACACCCACCGCUCUUGUUUCCAUGGCCACAGAGUCUGCUGAGGCGUUGGAGGCCAAGGCGGCUCUGCGACAGUUGCAGGACGUCUUCUCCACCUAUAAGAAGGAGCGCGCGGAGAGCGAGAAGGCGAUGACCGAACAGAACGAGAAACUCCAGGAACAGCUCUCGGAGCUCCGCUCCCAGAAUGCCAAGAUAUCCACACAGCUAGAGUUUGCUUCCAAAAGGUACGAGAUGCUGCAGGACAAUGUCGAGGGCUACAGGAAGGAGAUUGCUUCACUGAGAGAGAAAGGACAGAAGAUGGAGGCUGCCACACAAAAGCUUGAACAGACCGUCCACACGUUGAAUGAGGAUCUUAAAGAGUCCAAGGAGAAACUCGCCAUGGCUGAGGGCCGUGCUGAGAACUUGCGUAAGGAGAGAGACAUGCUGAAGCUGGUCGAGUCCCGGCUGAGUCAGGAGAAAGAGACGAUUCUGAGCCAGCAGCAGAGCCAAAACCUGCUGCUGACCAACCUCCAGGCUAUUCAGGCCACUCUGGAGCGCUCUGAGGUCGACACACGUCAGCGUCUGAACAGCCAGCUAGAGAAACAGGAGCGAGAGAUCUCCCAGCUACAGAAGAGGCUUGAACAGGAAGUGGAGCAGCGCCACCUGCUCAGCAGAAACCAGGAAAUUCAGUUAAUGGAUGCAAAGAGGCAGUUGGAGACACAAGUCGCCUUACACCAAAAAACAAAGGAACAACUUCAUGCCGCCGAGUCUGAGCUCAACACCCUCAGGAUGCAGCAAGGCAGCAUCGAAGGGCGUCACAUCCUGAGCUCCCCCUCUACACCGAUCGGCAGAGGCCUGCCUGGUUCAGAUCAAGACAGAGAGGACCUACGAGGCCGCCUGCAGCUUGCUGAAACGCGGGUUGAAGAGCUUGCAGAGAGCCUCCGGGCCACCACAUCCAGCAUGGAGCAGUACCAAGCGAUGGCUCAGAGCCUCGAGGAAUCGCUGGAGAACGAGAAACAGGUGACAGAGCAGGCGCGCUCAUCCAUUGAAGGCCGUAUGAAGGAGGCCGAGGAGCAGCGCUGCAGACUCGAAGAGAAGCUUCUGCAAGCAGAGAAAGAGAAGCAAGACCUGAAGGAGCAGAAGAAGAGUGUCCUGGCUGCUCUGGAGGAACAAAUAAAUGACCUGAAGAGAAGUCUUAGCAGUGCCCAGGCAGACCACCAGGCAGCGCUACAGCAGGUUGCAGUCGUUGAAGCCCAGAAACAGCAGGCUAUUAAGGACUGCCAAGAUCAGGUUAAACUGGCAGCUGAAGCUCAAGAUAAAUAUGAGCGGGAGAUGAUGCUGCACGCAGCGGACGUGGAAGCCCUGCAGGCAGCUAAAGCCCAGGUCCUGCAGGCUGCAGAGCUCAAACACCAGCUGGGGGAGAGAGAGCAGAGGAUCAGUGCUGAGCUACUGGAGGCCAGAGUGUCAUGGGAGGAGCAAGAGAAGAUCCUCAAGGAGGAGAUGUCCAAGAUGGAGAGCCGCUAUGAGGAGCUGCAAAGGCAGAACACCCUCCUUCAUGAGCAGAUCCAGGCCAUGAGCAGCAAGAUGGCAGAUAAUUUGCAGCGUGCUGCCAGUGAAAGUUCCCUCAACAUAUCUUUGACUGAAGAGGGAAAAUCCCAGGACCAGCUUCUUGAGAUUCUCAGGUUUGUACGUCGGGAGAAGGAGAUCUCAGAGUCUCGUUUUGAGGUCGCCCAAGGGGAGACUUUGCGUUACCGUUUGAGGGUGGAGCAUUUGGAACGAGAGCUGAAGGAGGUGCAGGACAGUUUGAGCGCUGCUCGAGAGAGGAUGCAGGUGACAGCGAAGACCCUGGCUCAGCACGAUGAGCUGAUGAAGAAGACGGAAACGAUGAGCAUCCUAUUGGAGACAAACAAGAGUCUGAGAGAAGAGAGGGAUAAGAUGGAGCAGGAACUGCAGCAAACUCAAGCCAAGGUGCAAAAGCUGGAGUCGGACAUCUUGCCACUGCAGCAGGCCAACUCUGAGCUGAGUGAGAAAAGCGGCAUGCUGCAGGCAGAGAAGAAGCUGCUGGAUGAGGAAAUCAAACGCUGGAAGGCUCGUACUCAGCAUUUGGUGAGUCAGCAGAAAGAUUCGGAUCCAGAAGAGUACAAGCGUCUGCAUUCUGAGAAGGAGGCGCAUCUCAAACGUAUCCAGCAGCUGAAUGAGGAAAACAACAGACUUAAAUCUGAGGUGGUCAGGACAAAUAAUCUUACAGCUUCCCUACAGAACCAAAUACAAAGCUUGCGUGACAGUAUGAGUAAGAUAACCGAAGACAAGAACGCGCUGCAGAAGGAGAUUGAGACCAAAAACCAUGAACUCCAGGAGAAGAUGCGAACCAUCGCACAGAUCAAGAAGAUCGGACGGCGUUACAGGACGCAGUACGAUGAGCUUAAGGUGGCGCACGACAAGCUUGUAGCUGAGGCCGCGGCAGGCCCAUCCCAAGAGGAGGAGGCUCGUCAGGCCUCUGUUCAGGAGCUGCAGAGCCUCAGAGAUUCUCUGAGUCAAGCUGAAGCUCGGAGUGCAGACCUAGAAGGACAGCUGGAGAACAUGAACAAGGUGGUCACGGAGCGUGAGACCGAUGCACGUAACGCCCAGGAACAAUCAUCUCGGCUGCAGACGGAGCUGACCAGGCUGCGGCAGGAGCUGCAGGAUAAAGCUUCUCAGGAGGACGCGCUCCGACAGCAGAUGGCUGAGAAGGAGGAGAAGACCAGGAAAGCCAUCGUUUGUGCCAAGCAGAAGAUCAACCAGCUCAUGGGCGCUAAAGACCAGUUGCAGAAGGAAAACGAGGAGCUAAAACAGCAGCGUGAGGAGCUGGAGGUGCGAGUGAGCGCUCUGAAGUCUCAAUACGAGGGCCGUCUGAGUCGGCAGGAGCGAGAACUCCGAGACCUGCGAGGUCAACAGGAGAGACAAGAGCAGCGAGAUGAGCCAGCUGAGGCAGGUCCCAGCAAGACCCAAGAGCCGCAGAGGAGCACAGAGCAGAGGCAGAUCAGCCUGAAGACCACUCCAGCUGCAGACAGGGGCAGUGCCAGCACCUCCGAGCCUCCAACCGCCAACAUUAAGCCUACACCUGUAGUUGCUACAGCCAGUAAACAGCCCGUCAACCCAGGGAACAAACCCACUCCGAGAGCAAGCAUCAGGCCCAUGAUCACCCCAGCUCCUGUGCCCACUCCUACGCCCACUGCUACGGUCAUGCCCACCACCCAGGUGGAGACGCAGGAAGUGAUGCAGCCAGCUGAAGGGCCACCAGUGGAGCACGUGACCGUGUACGGCAGUGCGAGCGGCUCGGUGCGCUCCGCCAGCCCCAACGUCCAGACGACCUUAGCUAGCCCCAUGCUCACUGUGCAGCAGACCCAGACACAGGCCACCGCAUUCGUUCAACCAACGCAGCAGCAGAGCAUGACCCAUACAGAGCCAGCCAAUCAGGAGCCACCGCCUGUGGCGAUCGAGGCCACGCCUAGCUCGCAGGUGGAGCGGCCGUCAACGUCGUCCUCUGUGUUUGGAACCGUGUCAGCAACACCGGGGACAUCAGCAAUGUCCAAGCGUCCUCGGGAAGAGGAGGAGACCGCCAGUGUGGUCACUGACACUGAAGCCACUCAGGAGGACACCUCGCGGGCUCCCAUAUCAAAGAAGCUGCGCAUUAUCCAGAGAGUGGGUCCAGAGGAAGAGGUGCUGGCCGAGGAUAGCGCUGAGGCCGAGGGAGUGGUGCCGACAGACAGUCUAGACGGUGGAGAAGGAAGCCAGACGGAGGCGUUUUCCACGCUGGAGGAUGGAGAUGAAGGCACAGCCUCCCAGUCCCUUACAAUGGAGCAAGAGGUUACCCUGAGCCAAAGCGAGACCACGCAACAACUGCAGCAGGAAGUGAUCGUUAUCGUAACGGACACAGAGAGUGACGAAGAACAAGAGGAGGAGGAAGACGAAGACGAAGAGCAGGACUACGAUGACGAGGAUGAAGAAGAUGAAGACGAGGAGGAGGAAGAUGACGAGGAGGAUGAUGAUGACGGAGAGAUGGGAGAGGAAGGAGAGGACAGCAAUGAGGGCAGCGGCGAUUGCAACGAGCCCUACGAAGGAGACGACACAGAGGGAGCUGACGUAACGGAGCCGGGCACUGAGACGGAGGAGAGUCUGGGGGCGUCCGACUCCACCCAAAGGCCGGCGGAUUCCCAGACACCCAGCUUUGAGAGUGGCACAAUGGAGGCUUUCUCUGCAGAGCAACCCACAAGUUCUGGUACACGCAUGCCCCAGUCGCCACGGAGACCAGUGCAUCAGCUGCCUUCACAGCGUAUCCCAGUGCGCCGCCAGUCAGUGGGCAGACUUGCUCCCGGUGUGCCGGGCAGCGCUCAGCACUUUUUCGAUGAGGAUGACAGGAUGGUUCCCAGCACUCCCACUCUGGUGGUGCCUCACCGCUCUGAUGGUUUCGAUCAGGCCAUCCACUCGCCACAGGUAGCUGGCGUGCCGCGCUUCAGGUUUGGCCCUUCAGAGGACAUGCCGCAGACCAGCUCUUCCUCACACUCUGAUCUGGGUCAGCUCGCGUCACAAGGAGGUCUUGGGAUGUAUGACAGUCCCUUGUUUUUAGCCACUCACGAGGAGGAGUCUGGUGGACGCAGCGUUCCCACCACUCCGCUACAAGUUGGGGCUCCAGUAACUGUUUUCUCAGAAGUGGCUCAGUCCGACACAACAGAGCACGCCUCUCAGUCUGUUCCCAUGGUGAGCACAUCAACACCAGGAGCUGCCGGUGCAGGGGAGGAGAGAGACGACGUCUUCCUGGAGCCAGACACUGAUCGGCCCGGUGCUGAAGUGUCGAUGGACCCCGUGGUGUCUCAGGGCGAUAUGGAGGAGUCGAGCCAAGCGUCCGACAAGAGCAGCCUCCCCUCCACCAGCCAGGAGCCUUCCUCCAGCUCUGCAGAUACAAGCAGCGCUCCACCAAAACAGUCCCGGCCCGGGCCCAGCAGACAGCUCCAACGAUGGCCGGACAGCCGCGGCGGCCGCAUGAAGAGAGGAGGUCAAGCUUUUCCGUCAUGGAAACAGGGGAGAAGAUUCGCCCGAUGAAGGAAAAAUCAAAGU